CAAUCCUGUACACUUCACUAAACUCACAGCAGGGUUACAACACAACCUACAGAAGUGGUUCAUGGAAUGUUCAUUUGUAAAUAUUUGGUAUCUGAGCAGUUUGGGUUCAGUGUCAUUUUUCUUUCUUUUUUUCUUCUUUUAUUUCCUCAGACACACUCUGAUGCAACACUGCAGUCAGUCAGCCCUUUUUCUGCCACAGACCAGACGUAUCCUGAUGAAAAGUAAAAUAAAGAAGAAGACGAGGAGGAGGGGCAUGGACGGGGCGGAGCCUAAAGGAGGCGUGGCUCUGACAGCAGAGGAAACCCCCCCUGAGGAAACAAACAGUACCUGGAACCACACACACACAGAUGGAACUACUGAUGGUACUACUGAGGCCACAGCACAGGGUACAGACAUGCCAAUGACACCACAGAAACAGGAAAGGGGAGGACCAGUGAUCGUCCACGGCAACAAUAAAAGCCCAGCCAGUGAGAAACUGGAGAGAGUUAGGAAGUGGAGCGUCAGCACCUACAAAUGUACCAGACAGGCUCUGGCAGAGAAACUGGGCCGUGGUUCUCGUACCGUGGAUCUGGAUCUGGAACCUCGUCUGGAGCUGCUCACGGACGACCGGCGCCGCUACGACGACAUCACCAAACUGGCCCAGACGCUGGCCAAUCAGCUGGCUCAGUUCACCGUUACCCAGAAGACACUGGGGGACGCCUUCACAGAGCUCAGCAUGAAAACUCCAACACUACAUCUGGAGUUCGCUGUGAACGCAGACGCUCAGAAGUUUCUGUCUAAAAGUGGACAGACUCUGACGGAGGCCAUCAACACCUUCACCUCUGACAUGAACACACUCACCAACAAAACCAUCCAAGACACCAUGAUCAACGCUAAACAGUACCAGGCUGCACGAAUGGAAUAUGAUGCCUACAGAGUGGACCUGGAGGAGCUGAACCUGGGACCUCGGGACACCGUCACUCUGCCCAAACUAGAGGAGGCGCAGAAGUCCUUCCAGAUCCAGAGGGACCGAUACCAGAAGAACCGAGAUGACCUGUCCAUCAAACUGAAGGUUCUGGAGGGGAACAAGGUCCGAAUCCUCCAGAACCACUUAUGGCUCCUCCACAGCGCUGUAGCAUCUCACUGUUUAGCCUGUCACAGUUAUUUAGAGCAGAACAUCCAACAGACCAUCCAACAGCUGGGUCAGCCCGGUGUGGACACCCCCCAGAGGACUGAACAUCCAACAGACCAUCCAACAGCUGGGUCAGCCCGGUGUGGACACCCCCCAGAGGACUGAACAUCCAACAGACCAUCCAACAGCUGGGUCAGCCCGGUGUGGACACACCCCAGGAGGACUGAACAUCCAACAGACCAUCCAACAGCUGGGUCAGCCCGGUGUGGACACCCCCCAGGAGGACUGAACAUCCAACAGACCAUCCAACAGCUGGGUCAGCCCGGUGUGGACACCCCCCAGGAGGACUGAACAUCCAACAGACCAUCCGACAGCUGGGUCAGCCCGGUGUGGACACCCCCCAGGAGGACUGAACAUCCAACAGACCAUCCGACAGCUGGGUCAGCCCAGUGUGGACACCCCCCAGGAGGACUGAACAUCCAACAGACCAUCCGACAGCUGGGUCAGCCCAGUGUGGACACCCCCCAGGAGGACUGAACAUCCAACAGACCAUCCGACAGCUGGGUCAGCCCAGUGUGGACACCCCCCAGGAGGACUGAACAUCCAACAGACCAUCCGACAGCUGGGUCAGCCCAGUGUGGACACCCCCCAGGAGGACUGAACAUCCAACAGACCAUCCGACAGCUGGGUCAGCCCAGUGUGGACACCCCCCAGGAGGACUGAACAUCCAACAGACCAUCCAACAGCUGGGU